UACAACCAGAAGACCAAGCUUCGCCUCCGUCUUCGAGAUCAUAAUCUUCUCCUCCCUCGUCGCUACAAUCAUCUCCGCCGUGGGUCUCCAGAUCGCCGGUGAGCAACACGAACUGAAGAGAGAAAUGAAUGGAUUCUCCAAGGGGAAAGGCUUGUACGUGAUGGCUCUGGUGGGUCAAGCCGUUUCGUGGCAGGUCUACUGGGUCGGUAUCGUGGGACUCGUCUUCUCCGUCUCGAGCGUGUUGUCGAACGUGAUCAGCGUCAUCACGUGGCCGAUCGUGUCGGUGCUUAUUGUUAUCUUUUUCAAGUUCAUGGACGAUGAGGUCGAUGUCUUCAAAGGCGUCGCCUUGGUCACUGCCGCCUUUAGCGCCGCCGCUUAUUUCUAUAGGCUUCACAAAGAGAAUCGUGACAGUGCCAAAGUUUGGGUUCCCCAAAUUUAUUUUUAA